GUUUGCAUCUGGUCUUGUCUGGUUGUCUGGACAUUAGCAUCAUCAACAACAAGAAACAGCAGGAAAGAUGAAAGUCACCUUGGCGAUAGCGACUUUCUGUGUGAUGGCAGCCUAUUCGAGCGCUGCCAGAACCACCACCACCACAGCCACCAAGCCGGGACGUUUCCUAUCCUUGCCAGUGCCAGCCAAGUGCGCCAGCCGUCCCAAGGAAUUUUCGUAUCGUGGCAAAAACAUGUUCCUAACCACCCAUGUGCCCGCUUUGGCCAACAAGAAGGUCGACUGGUUGGAUGGCCGUAACUUGUGCCGCGAAUACUGCAUGGAUUUAGUUGCUUUGGAGACCCAAGAGAAGAACAAUCUGAUCUUCCGUGUUAUUCAGCAAAACGAUGUGCCUUACAUCUGGACAGCUGGUCGCAUCUGUGAUUUCGCUGGCUGCGAAAAUCGUCCCGAUUUGGAGCCCAAGAACGUUUACGGUUGGUUCUGGUCCGCAACUCGGGAGAAGAUCCAGGCCACCAACCGCAUUCCUCAGGGUUGGGGCUACAAUCCCUGGUCACAGACCGGUCACAAGAAGCGUCCACAGCCCGAUAAUGCCGAAUAUGACAUCAAUCAGACCAAGGAACAGUGUCUGUCGGUGUUGAACAAUGUCUACAAUGAUGGCAUCGCUUGGCACGAUGUUGCCUGCUAUCACGAGAAGCCCGUCAUCUGUGAGGAUAACGAGGAGCUGUUGCGUUAUGUGGCAGCCACAAAUCCUGGCAUUCGUCUAUAAGUUGGGUGGGUGUGUUUUGUUGCGCGUUAAUUUUAAAGCUUACUUUAUUUUUAUAUAAAAUAAUAUUCCUUAAAGUGUUUUUGUAUAAUGUUUUCAAAUGUGACGUCGUCGAAGUUGAUGAACGAGAUGAAAAAAAGACAAAAUAGACUUUAGAAUUUAUAUAAUUUUCCGAUCUUACCACCUAUAUAUAAAUAUAUAUUCUAAAAAAAAAAACAUUGCAGCAAUAGGCUCUAUGUCAUUGCAAAUUCCACCCCGCCCUCUUUCUUCACACACACACACCGCAUAUACAAGUAUCUAAAUAGAUCGUUUCGAAACUACUGCCAAGAGCAAAUUCAACAAAAAGUAUAUACCUAUAUUUAAUUUCGUUUUGCUACACAUGACAAAAAAUAUUUUGCUCUAAAUUUGUGAAUCUCUUUUAGUAUUUUGUGUUUACCAUAUAUUCUUCCACCUUCCACAAAGAGAUUGAAUAAAAAUUUUUGUAAAAAUUUUAUAAAAACAA